CCGCCUCCUCCAUCUCCCGGAGCUGGAGCCGCCUCCUCGGCCAGUGGCGUAGCCGACUUGGUGUCGCGGAUAACUAGAUAGUGGUGGAGGUCCGGAGCACAGCCUGGACCCGAGCGGGGGGCCAUGGAGAAAGCGGCCCGAGGCGCUCUUUGUACCUACUAGAGCAGGCGUGUUGCGGCUGCAGGCGCCAUGGACCGAGCCCCAACAGACCAGAAUGUCAAGCUUUCAGCUGAGGUAGAACCGUUUAUUCCCCAGAAGAAGAAUCCUGAUACAUUUAUGAUCCCUAUGGCUCUCCCAAAUGAUAGUGGAAGUGUUUCUGGUGUAGAACCAACUCCAAUUCCCAGCUACUUGAUUACAUGUUAUCCAUUUGUUCAGGAAAAUCAGUCCAAUAGGCAAUUUCCUUUAUAUAAUAAUGAUAUACGAUGGCAACAGCCCAACCCAAACCCUACUGGACCAUACCUUGCCUACCCCAUUAUAUCUGCUCAGCCACCUGUUUCUACAGAGUAUACAUAUUAUCAACUGAUGCCAGCACCCUGCGCCCAAGUUAUGGGUUUCUAUCAUCCUUUUCCUACACCUUACUCCAACACCUUUCAGGCUGCAAAUACUGUAAAUGCUAUCACCACAGAAUGCACCGAGCGUCCAAAUCAGCUUGGACAGGUCUUCCCAUUAUCCAGUCAUCGAAGCAGAAACAGUAACAGAGGGCCAGUAGUACCAAAACAACAGCUUUUACAACAGCACAUAAAAAGCAAAAGGCCGAUGGUGAAAAAUGUAGCUACUCAGAAAGAAACAAAUGCAGCAGGUCCUGAUAAUAGAUCAAAAAUUGUGCUUCUGGUAGAUGCCUCACAGCAAACCGAUUUUCCAUCAGAUAUCGCUAACAAGUCUCUCUCAGAGAGUACUGCCACAAUGCUUUGGAAGUCCAAAGGCAGGAGGAGAAGAGCUUCCCACCCCACUGCUGAAUCCUCUAGUGAACAGGGGGCUAGUGAAGCCGACAUUGACAGUGAUAGUGGUUACUGCAGUCCCAAACACAACAACAACCAGCCUGCAGCAGGGGCUUUGAGAAAUCCCGAUUCUGGGACCAUAAAUCACAUGGAAUCAUCUGUAUGUGCAGGUGGUGUAAAUUGGUCCAAUGUAACUUGCCAGGCAACUCAGAAAAAACCCUGGAUGGAAAAAAAUCAGACGUUUUCCAGAGGUGGAAGGCAGACAGAACAAAGAAAUAAUUCACAGGUUGGAUUCAGAUGCCGAGGCCACAGUACUUCCUCAGAAAGAAGACAGAAUUUGCAAAAGAGACAAGAUAAUAAGCAUUUAAACUCUAGUCAGUCCCAUAGAAGUGACCCAAAUUCUGAGUCUUUAUAUUUUGAGGAUGAAGAUGGAUUUCAAGAACUACAUGAAAAUGUAAAUGCAAAGGAUGAGAAUAUUCAACAGAAACUUUCUUCAAAAGUGUUGGAUGAUUUACCUGAAAACUCACCAAUCAAUAUAGUUCAGACUCCAAUUCCCAUUACCACUUCAGUUCCUAAACGUGCAAAAAGUCAGAAGAAGAAAGCGUUAGCGGCAGCUCUUGCCACAGCUCAAGAAUAUUCUGAAAUAAGUAUGGAGCAAAAAAAAUUACAGGAAGCUUUAUCAAAAGCAGCUGGAAAAAAGAAUAAAACACCUGUGCAGCUAGAUUUAGGAGACAUGUUAGCUGCUCUGGAAAAACAACAAGCAGCAAUGAAAGCACGGCAGAUUACUAAUACCAGACCUCUGUCAUAUACAGUGGUUACUGCAGCUUCUUUUCACACUAAAGACUCUAACCGAAAACCUUUAACAAAAAGCCAACCCUGCUUGACAUCUUUUAAUUCUUUGGACAUUACUUCCUCUAAAGCAAAAAAAGGAAAAGAGAAGGAAAUUGCAAAACUAAAACGGCCUACAGCACUUAAAAAGGUUAUUUUGAAAGAAAGAGAGGAAAAGAAGGGACGUUUAACUGUGGACCAUAAUCUUUUGGGAUCUGAAGAGCCAACAGAAAUGCAUUUAGAUUUUAUUGAUGAUUUGCCACAGGAGAUUAUUUCCCAGGAAGAUACUGGACUGAGCGUCCCGAGUGAUACUUCACUCUCUCCAGCAAGUCAGAAUUCUCCAUACUGCAUGACACCUGUGUCACAAGGCUCUCCUGCCAGUUCUGGGAUAGGCAGUCCAAUGGCAUCAUCAACAAUAACCAAAAUCCAUAGCAAAAGAUUUAGAGAGUACUGUAAUCAGGUUCUUUGUAAAGAGAUUGAUGAAUGUGUGACCCUUCUUCUCCAAGAACUUGUCAGUUUUCAGGAACGCAUCUACCAAAAGGAUCCUGUAAGAGCAAAAGCACGAAGACGGCUGGUUAUGGGUCUAAGGGAAGUCACCAAACAUAUGAAGCUAAAUAAGAUCAAGUGUGUGAUAAUUUCUCCAAACUGUGAAAAAAUCCAGUCAAAAGGUGGUCUAGAUGAGGCUCUCUAUAAUGUCAUAGCUAUGGCACGGGAACAAGAAAUUCCUUUUGUAUUUGCCCUUGGAAGAAAAGCUCUAGGACGCUGUGUGAACAAGCUGGUUCCUGUUAGUGUAGUGGGUAUUUUCAACUACUUUGGUGCUGAGAGCCUGUUUAAUAAAUUAGUAGAACUCACUGAGGAAGCCAGGAAAGCAUAUAAAGAUAUGGUUGCAGCAAUGGAGCAAGAGCAAGCUGAAGAAGCCUUAAAAAAUGUGAAAAAGGUACCACACCACAUGGGGCAUUCUCGGAACCCCUCUGCAGCAAGUGCCAUUUCUUUCUGCAGUGUUAUUUCUGAACCUAUCUCUGAAGUAAAUGAAAAGGAAUAUGAAACAAAUUGGAGAAACAUGGUGGAAACUUCAGAUGGACUGGAAACAUCAGAAAAUGAAAAAGAGGUUUCCUGUAAGCACGGCACUUCUGAAAAACCUAUUAAACUUCCACUUGACACAAUUCAUGUUAGUAAGCAGCCAUCAUUAGUGUCUGUAGGCAGUACUACCUCAGCUACAGAUCCUGGGAAAUCUACAGCAGGGGAUAAAGAGGAAGUGAAGCCAGAUGACCUGGAAUGGGCCUCACAGCAGAGUACAGAGACUGGCUCUUUGGAUGGUAGUUGCCGAGAUCUUUUGAAUUCCUCCAUCACCAGCACCACUAGCACUCUUGUACCUGGCAUGCUUGAAGAAGAGGAUGAUGAAGAGGAGGAAGAGGAGGAAGAUUAUACUCAUGAACCUAUAUCAGUAGAAGUGCAGCUUAAUAGUAGAAUUGAGUCAUGGGUCUCAGAGACCCAGAGAACUAUGGAAACCCUUCAGCUUGGAAAAACUCUUAAUGGUUCUGAGGAAGACAAUGUAGAACUAGGUGGAGAAGAGGAAGCAGAAGCACCUGAGGUGCUGGAGCCAGGAAUGGACAAUGAAGCAUGGACUCCUGACCAACAAGCCAAUCCUGAGCAACAGAAGUCCAGUAACUGCAGCUCUGUGAACAAAGAACAAUCUGAUUCUAAUUCUGCACCCCAAAAUAUAUAACUCAGGAAAUGUCACCCAUCUCCCAACCAUGUAAGGGUUGCAGCCAUCACCUUUUAUGCUUCAUCUCAACAUUUAGCACUGUCCAGUAGUUAUAUGUGUUUAAUUCCCAACAAAUAUUUUUGUAGCUUUAUGUAUUCGUUAUGAUCAAUAGCUUAGCUUUUAAUUAGCAUCAAAGUGUCUUUCUAAGGACUGUGCAGAAAAUUCAGAUCUGUUUCACCUUAUUUUAUAAUGAAAAUAAUAAUUAAAAGAGAAGACCAAGUUUUAAAGGAAAUAAAUUUAAAAUGCCUAUUUAAGUUCAUUUUGAAAGCUUAAGAUCAAGGUUCUAAGGAUAAAAACAGCUGUCAGUGUUUGUUUCAUGACUACAACUCCUUCACUCUUAAUUUGUCUGAUUAAAAAGUUGGGGUUUUUUUUGUUGUUGUUGUUGUUGUUUUAAAAAGAGCUAAAGAUAGGCUCAGAAAGCUUAAAGGCUGAGGUUAAUGAGUCCACAAAGUGUAUACAUUAAGAAAUGGAUGCAACUUUUAUUUGGCCCAUAAAUGCUUACUUCAGAAGUCACUGAUCAUUAUAAUCCAUUAAAGUUGUGAUGGGCUAAAACAGAGUCUCCAGAAUUUAGCAGUGAUGCCACCAGGAUAGAUUAGAACUGGCUGGCCUCAUUUGUAAAAAGUGAUAAAUGUCAUUUAUGAUAAUGAAUAGUCACCCAAGAUAGGACCUGUCAGGUUCUAUCUUGAAUUGCUUCUUACUUACCUCAGGAAUGCUUUUGUACAUAGUCUUAUUUACAUAAAGUUAGAUAAAUUUUGACAGGUGAAUAACUGUAACUGAUUGUAUGACUGCAUCACUUACAUGUAAGCUAUCCUGAAACGUCUAUUCUGAUAUGUUCUCUUGCAUGCUUCUGGUUCAGGACACUCUUGAUUUGAGAUAUGGAUUUGAUUGGGCAUUCAAACUUGUCCUGAGUACAAAACCAUUUCAUCUUUUUUUAAAUAUACAUUUCAAGCCUAGCCUUGAGAACCUUCCACAUAGCGACCACCAUAAUUACUGAAAGGAAAGGGAAUUUUGCACAAUUCAUAACAUGUAUCCUGAUAAUCAAGGCUUAGAAGAGGAAGUUUUAGAAGAACAGAGAAAGUUGUUCUAAUUGUGCUGAACCUAUUAGAUGACUUAUAUACAGAUAUAUGCAGGUAUUUUUUAUUCACUAUUAUUUAUCUCUGCCCUUCUCUAGGAGUGUGUGUACUUGCUUGGGAGAAGUUACACUUACUGAGCUUAAUAUUUUAUUUGCUAGUCAAUCAUCACCUGAACUUUAAUGAUAUCUACAAGUUUAUGUAAUGGUAGGAGAAUUACAAAUUAUUCAUUUCUCUGUCUUCCCUCUACCGCCUCCUCCAUCUCCAACUGGCUAACAUGCACAUGUUCAAUCAGCUUUCUACUUAAAAGCUCCCAUAGAUGCAAAACAGAGGAGGGAGUGUUAUUUCCCUACCCUGAUUGUAUGGGACAAGGCAUUGCCUCACAGAGGUGGGAGAGAAGAGUUGGGCAGAUUCUUUACUGAACUUAUUGGGACUACUGUGCUAGUGUUGAUGUUUUAUAAUGCUGGCACUUAAUUACUGGAGAGAUUAGAUUCUUGGUUGAUAAUAUAGUACUUGUGGCUUACGAAAGUUUAGGAGCGUUGCUAUAUAGAAAAUGUCAGUCUGUCAGCUUUAUUAGUGUGCUAAAAGGGGACAUUAUUAUAUGUCCUGUCUACACUGUUCUCCAGUAUAGACUUCCUAGGCACUAAUUAUUCAAUACUUAAAGGAACACAGCGUGUAAGGAAUGAAGCCUCUGAAAUAGUUAUCAUGGAUUUAUACGUGGCAGAUCUUACUGUCUCUACACAUUUGGAAGUGUUAGUUUGUUUAAAGAAAUGAUAGAGGAUUUGAACUACUGACAAUCUUAAAAGUGAAUUGAAAAACUUUUCAUACUUUUUAUGAUGUUAAUUUCCUUUAUUCCAUGUCAGUGAUUCAGAUAACUCUUGAUCUUGAGGUAAUGGCUUUUCAAAGGUUUCUUAUAUUUUGUAUCUCUUCUGAACAGGAAUCACCAUUUUAGAUUUUUGACAUUUGUAUCAAAAGAGAAGUUGGAGAAAUCUUCAGAACACCAGUAAUUUAAUUUUGCUAUAGACUUCAGAAGUAUUUGAUUAUGUUUGAUAAAUGCUCUCACGCAUGCAGUACCUCUUCUGCCAGCAAAACCAAGGGACCAUAGCCUUUUUUAUAUGAGACAGGUCACUUCUAGAGGACAACCCAAGAUUUAUUAAAGAAAAUGCUACUAUGUUGAGAGUAUACUUAAGUAUGUAUUAAUGAUGUCUUUAUAAUUUGUUUCUUUAAAUUUUGAAAUUUGUGUAUAUUGAACUAUAGGCUUUGGAUGAGGUAUGAGAAUCAGGAAAGUUUUAUUUUUGGAAAUUGUGUGGUUCACUCUUUGGAGACCUAGAAAGAGAUCUCUUGGUAAGAGUAAGGGUUCAUUAGCACAAGAAAUAAAAAACAUAGUGACUUUUUUUCUUAGUGUAUAGUUGUUUUACUGGCAAUACUUAAUGUUAGAUUUCUAUUUCAGUAUAUAAGUAUAUGAAUUACAGUAUGAAUUACACUCCCCAAAUUAGAUUUCUGCUUCAGUAGAUUUGUUUGCUGUGAAGAUUACUUCUCAAAAGACAAAUGUUCAUAUUAGCUUAAUUUUUUGGUUUAAAUAUGUUUGUAAAUGAUGUAAUAUAUUUCUUUUGACUAAACAUGGAAAAAUAAUGUGUGUUAUAUUGAAAAGUUUUUACAGGCUUUGACUGGAGGUCAUUUUUGCAGAGAUGGUAUUUUAUAUGCUUCCAGUAUUUGAAAAGAAUUAGUCAAAAGGAAUUCACAUAGUUUAAAUAUUGAUAAAUUAAUAUCCAAAUAAUGUAAUUGUUUGAUUUCUUAAUAAGCUAGGGAAGGUGGGUGGGGUGGGAAUUAUAAUGUGCAAAUGAGUAGUGAUCUCUACAUUAAUUUUCAACUCUUUAACAUAAAACUGCUAAACCGUAACACAUUGUUACUUUAAUAUAUGUAUAAAAAAGUAUUAUUGUUUGUAAAGCUGCUGUUGGCUUUAAAAAAAUAAAAAGAACUCAUCAUGUAAGUAUUUUCUGUAUGUUGUGCCAACAGGUUAGAACAUUAAUCUGCUAAAAAUUUAAUUAAUUAUCUUUUUUGAUUUAAAAAAUUUUUCUGUGAAGUAAUUUAUUUGUCUUCUUCCUCCCUUAUCCUUUCAGUCUUUAUACACACCACAAUAUCAACCAAAUUUUUUCUAAUCUGAAACUGAAAUCUAAAUCUUAAUGAUAAAAAUUUAAAAUUUGUUGGCACAUCACACCUUAAAAGUAUUUGUAUUAUUUUAUAAUGUAAUUUCCAAAUAUACCAUAUGAGUUUAUAAUUUAAUGUCUUAAUUAUAAUGCUCUAAUAAAAACUAGCAACAUUAGUUGAGUUAUAAUAUGAAGGGAUUUUCAUCUUGCUUUUUUGCUGUAUGAAGAAUAAUUGUUAUCACGUUGGGGGUAAUAACAGCUUUUUUUGCACUAUGUAAAUUCUAGUGGGGGUUCUUCUGUACUAAUAAAAUGAUUAUUGAAAA